CUUUCACUUUCCACUUCCCCUAUUCAAACUCACAUAGAAAACCCAAAAUUCUCUCUUUACUUUCCCGUAUCCAGUUAUCCCAAACCCUACCGUUAGGUUCCCCAAUUCAACACUCCCAAGGAACGGUGCGCUGCUUCUUAGUUCGUACAGUUUCUGUCGAUUCUCUCCGAAACGAUGUCGUAUCGCCCAAGCGGGAACUCCAGGACCGAGGUCCGCCGGAACCGGUACAAGGUGGCGGUGGAUGCCGAGGAAGGUCGGAGACGGCGAGAAGACACCAUGGUGGAGAUCCGGAAGAACCGGAGAGAAGAGAGUUUGCAGAAGAAGAGGCGUGAAGGGCUCCAACCCCAACAGAUUCCUGCUUCCGUUCACUCCACUUUGGUAGAGAAGAAGUUGGAACACCUACCAUCAAUGGUUGCUGGUGUUUGGUCUGACGACAAGAACCUGCAGCUCGAGGCAACGACUCAGUUUAGGAAGCUGCUUUCGAUUGAACGAAGUCCUCCGAUUGAGGAGGUUAUUCAGACUGGUGUAGUUUCUCGAUUUGUAGAAUUUCUGAUGAGGGAAGACUAUCCGCAGUUGCAGUUUGAGGCCGCUUGGGCUUUGACAAAUAUAGCUUCUGGAACGUCUGAAAACACCAAGGUGGUGAUUGACCAUGGGGCUGUACCAAUAUUCGUGAAGCUACUUGCUUCCCCCAGUGAUGAUGUCCGUGAACAGGCGGUGUGGGCAUUAGGAAAUGUUGCUGGGGAUUCUCCUAGAUGCCGUGACCUUGUUCUCGGUCAUGGGGCAUUGAUUCCUUUGUUAGCUCAAUUGAACGAACAGGCGAAGCUUUCUAUGCUUAGAAAUGCUACUUGGACACUUUCCAACUUCUGUAGGGGCAAGCCACAGCCUCCUUUUGAUCAGGUUAAACCUGCACUGCCUGCUCUUGCACGUCUUAUCCAUUCAAAUGAUGAAGAAGUCUUGACUGAUGCAUGUUGGGCAUUGUCAUAUCUUUCUGAUGGUACAAAUGAUAAAAUUCAAGCUGUGAUUGAAGCUGGUGUUUGUCCCCGACUUGUUGAGCUUCUAAUGCAUCCAUCCCCUUCGGUACUAAUUCCUGCUCUUCGAACUGUUGGAAAUAUUGUCACUGGAGAUGAUAUGCAAACACAGGUUAUCAUCAAUCAUCAGGCUCUUCCUUGCCUUCUGAAUCUGUUGACCAAUAAUUAUAAAAAAAGCAUUAAGAAGGAAGCUUGUUGGACUAUAUCAAACAUUACAGCUGGGAAUAAACAGCAGAUUCAGGCUGUGAUUGAGGCUAAUUUAAUUACUCCUCUGGUCAACUUACUUCAAAAUGCCGAGUUUGAUAUCAAGAAAGAGGCUGCUUGGGCCAUCUCAAAUGCUACAUCUGGUGGUUCCCAUGAACAAAUCAAGUUCCUAGUAAGUCAAGGGUGUAUUAAGCCCCUGUGUGAUCUUCUCAUCUGUCCCGACCCUAGGAUUGUAACAGUUUGCUUGGAAGGCCUUGAAAACAUCUUAAAGGUGGGAGAAGCUGAUAAAAGUAUUGGCAACACUGGUGAUGUGAAUCUAUAUGCCCAAAUGAUUGAUGACGCGGAGGGGCUGGAGAAAAUUGAGAACCUCCAGAGUCAUGAUAAUACAGAGAUUUAUGAAAAGGCAGUGAAGAUUCUUGAGACGUAUUGGUUGGAGGAGGAAGACGAGACUAUGCCUCCUGGGGAUGCAUCUCAGUCAGGGUUCAACUUUGGUAACAAUGAUGCUCCUGCUGUACCUUCCGGUGGAUUCAACUUUAAUUAGAAGAUGCUCAUACUCUACUGGGAAUUUGAUCAAUUGCAGGAGUUUUGGUUGGUCUAUUAGUGUAAAGUCCUCCAUUAUGACGGGACAGCAGUUGGGGGACAAGUCAAAGUCUUGUCAUUGUCAUUGGGUCUUACAAGGUCCAUCAAGUAAAUACAUGGUUGCUGGACCGGCUUGGGUUUUUGCAGUGCCUGGUAUUUCAUAUCUCAUGGUGUAAAAUGCUUUGUGGCUAUAUUUUUUUGCCACCGUAGAGUCUUCUUUCUGCCAAGUGAUCAUUCCAUAGAAUUAAUGAAUGCUCAGUCUUGUGAUUUUUUUUUAUCUUGUUAUAUAUGUCAUAGAUUGCAGUUAAAGUUACGAUUGGUUUUUUGGCAAAUGCCAAAUGCUAAAUGCUACUACCCAUUAGUUACAAGGACCGUUGGACUCUUUCUUUUAUCCCCUUCCUUUGUAAGCUUUAUUUUACCCUCCAUAGUUCCAUUAUUAUCACGUUAUGUAGGUCCUGGUUAAUUAUGGUGCAAUUAUUGUGUAACCCCAACUUUAUAUUUAUAUUCUGGGCUAUUAUUAGU